GUAGUGAAGGAUAUUUGUGUGAGUAAAGCUCAUAUCCACUGAUGAGAAACAGUAAACCUGCGUCUCAUUUCUCUCUAUAUAAAUCAUAAAUCAGUUGAUCAUGAACACGAGUUCAGUCUCUGGCGAGUAGUGAUGGAGAAACUGAACUUUUCAACUCCGAGUCAAUUGGAUCAAACACUUUGAGAAAUGAUUCAGUGAAUCACGACUCGUGCUGUUCGAACAGUGAACAUGAACGAGAACAACAAACACUAACAAACUAACUAAUCAUGUUUUCAUCAAAGAGUAAUCAUCUAAAUAUAAUCUAUAUUUCAUUAAAUACCAUAUGAGGAUCAUAAAUGCCUGAAAUAUGAAGUUUAUUAAUUUGUAGUGUUAGUUUUGAGUGUUUUUUUUUUUAGUCCAACAGGUCAUUGAAGACUUUUAACUCUGUUAAUUAUUCUGUACUUACAGAUGGAGUUUAAUAAAGAUGAGACUGAAGAAAUAAAGAUUGAAGAAACAUUCAGUGUGAAACAUGAAGAUACUGAGGAACAAACAGACCUGAUGGAAGUGAAGGAGGAGAGUGAAGAACUGAAUGAAGUGGAGGAGGAACAUCAUGACAAACCUGGAGAAAAACCUUUGAGUCGCUCAAAGACUAAAAAGACAUUUUUAAAGAAAAGAAGAGCCAAGAAAUCUACAACCUGCACUCAGUGUGGAAAGAGUUUGUCAACCAAACAACAUCUUGAGAUUCACAUGAGAGUUCAUACUGGAGAGAAGCCGUUCACAUGUGAUCAGUGUGGGAAGAGUUUCAAACAAAAAGGACAUCUUAAGAGUCACCUGAGAGUUCAUACAAAUGAGAAGCCACAUUCAUGUUCUGUGUGUGGAAAGAGUUUUUCACUGCUGUCAUAUUUACAAGAACAUGAGAAAAUUCAUACUGGUGUGAGAGAGUACAUGUGCUUUGAGUGUGAGAAGACUUUUACUACAGCAAACCAAUUAAAACAGCACCAGAGAAUUCACACUGGAGAAAAACCUUACAAGUGUUCACACUGUGAAAAGAGAUUCAGUGUGUCAUCACAUCUGAAAACACAUGAGCGGAUCCACACUGGAGAAAAACCUUACAAGUGUUCAUACUGUGACAACAGAUUCAGUCAGUCAUUACAUCUAAAAAGACAUGAGAGGAUCCACACUGGAGAGAAACCUUACAAGUGUUCACAUUGUGACAACAGAUUCAGUCAAUUAGCUCAUCUGAAAACACAUGAGAGGAUCCACACUGGAGAAAAACCUUACAAGUGUUCACACUGUGACAAGAUAUUCAGUGAUUCAUCACAUCUGAAAACACAUGAGAGGAUCCACACUGGAGAAAAACCUUAUAAGUGUUCACAGUGUAACAAGAGAUUCAGUCAGUCAGAACAUCUAAAAACACAUGAGAGGAUCCACACUGGAGAAAAACCUCACAAGUGUUCACAGUGUGACAAGAGAUUCAGUGAUUCAUCACAUCUGAAAACACAUGAGAGGAUCCACACUGGAGAAAAACCUCACAAGUGUUCACACUGUGACAAGAGAUUCAAUCAGUCAUCAACUCUGAAAUCACAUGAGAGGAUCCACACUGGAGAAAAACCUUACAAGUGUUCACACUGUGACAAGAGAUUCAAUCAGUCAUCAACUCUGAAAUCACAUGAGAGGAUCCACACUGGAGAAAAACCUUAG